ACUAAAGACUCCACUCACUCACAUAUAUAACGUAUAUUACUACACACACACACACACACGCGUUUAGAGAGAGGAAACAGAAUUUUAGCGGAAAUCUAGAGAGAGAGGAGGCAAGAAUGGAGGGAGGGAACGAUAACAACGGCGAAGACGAAAUCCUAGGUUCGAGUUUGACGAUGGAAAAAGUCGCCGCUGCCAAACAGUUCAUCGAGAAUCACUAUAAGAAUCAGAUGAAAAGCAUACAGGAACGAAAAGAAAGGCGAUGGAUACUCGAAAGAAAGUUAGCGUCUUCAGAUGUGCCCAAAGAGGAACAGAUGAAUCUAAUUAAAGAUCUAGAACGAAAGGAGACCGAGUUUAUGAGACUAAGAAGGAACAAGAUAUGUGUUGAUGAUUUUGAGCUUCUUACCAUCAUUGGGCGUGGAGCCUUUGGUGAGGUCCGAUUAUGUCGAGAGAGAAAAUCAGGGAAUAUUUAUGCCAUGAAGAAGUUAAAGAAAUCUGAAAUGCUUUCAAGAGGACAGGUGGAACACGUAAGGGCUGAGAGGAAUCUAUUGGCAGAAGUGGGCAGCCACUGCAUAGUCAAAUUGUACUACUCUUUUCAGGAUGCUGAGUAUUUAUAUCUUAUCAUGGAAUAUCUCCCUGGUGGUGACAUGAUGACUUUGCUGAUGAGAGAAGACACACUCUCUGAAAAUGUGGCUAAAUUUUACAUUGCUCAAAGCGUGCUGGCAAUUGAGUCAAUUCACAAACACAAUUAUAUUCACAGGGAUAUCAAGCCAGACAACCUUCUCCUGGAUAAGAAUGGCCACAUGAAGCUCUCAGACUUUGGUCUUUGCAAGCCACUUGAUUGUAGAACUUUAUCCACAGUGAAUGAAAACGAGGCUUUGGAUGAUGAAAAUAUAAGGGAACCAAUGGACAUUGAUGGCCGCUUUCCUGAUGCUGCGAAUGGUAGUAAUUGGAGAAGUCCUCAGGAACAACUUCAGCACUGGCAGAUGAAUAGGAGAAAAUUGGCAUUUUCAACUGUGGGUACGCCUGACUAUAUUGCUCCAGAAGUGCUGUUGAAGAAGGGAUAUGGCGUGGAGUGUGACUGGUGGUCGCUGGGUGCAAUCAUGUAUGAGAUGCUUGUUGGCUACCCCCCUUUUUACUCUGAUGACCCAAUGACCACGUGCAGGAAGAUUGUUCACUGGCGAAAUCACCUGAGAUUUCCUGAAGAUACCAAACUCAGUCCUGAGGCAAAAGAUCUCAUAUGUAGGUUACUAUGCGAUGUGGAACAUAGGCUUGGAACUAGGGGAGCAGCCGAGAUAAAGGUUCACCCUUGGUUCAUGGAUAUUGAAUGGGAGAAACUGUAUGAAAUGGAUGCAGCCUUUAAACCAGAGGUUAACGGAGAGCUGGAUACCCGGAACUUUAUGAAGUUUGAUGAAUUGGAUCCUCCAACAUCAUCAAAGUCUGGCUCGGGAUCAUCUCGGAAGAUGCAUCUUACUCCAAAAGACUUGAAUUUUGUGGGCUAUACUUACAAGAACUUUGAUGCUGUCAAGGCACUACGCAAUUCAUCGGAUCAUACGAGGGGCACAUCAGCGGGCGUGCCAUCAGGUGACUCCAUGUCAGGUGAUCCUGGGGCACGACAAAUGAGCAUGGGAACUCCCGAUGAAACAGAUGUACAAAUGAUCGCAUCAACAGAUGAUGCAAUGUCUCCAUAGUAGCAAUACACCAAAAUGGUUUGGCAAUUUGGAAAUACUAAGCAUGGUGGCGUACGCCUGUAUAUUUGUAGGUUUCUCGCCCCUAUUAAGUAUUUGAUGUAAGUUUUGGUGGUGCAUUGUGUUCUUCUGCAGAACCAUCAUUCAAGUGUACAGUGUGAUGGCGCCAAAAGCGUUUCAAUUUUUAGGCCAUUCUGUUAUCAUCCUGUUACUAGAGAAGUGUGUAAUUGGAAAUUAGACUAGUUUGUAUGGGUACUGGUCCUGGCUGCCCAGGUUGGCAGGGGAACUUGCCUUCUCUUGUGGCAGUUUCUGAUCAGACAUUAACCUGGACUUUCAUCACUGCUUCGAGGAACUAACUCUUGUGUUUUCUGCAAGAGAAGUGUUUUCAGGGUGGCUGGCUAUAUUAUUUUCAGGUGUUGGAACUUA